CGAGCAAUCCCGAGCAACACAUACUCGGACCUCCAGUGCAGGACCAAUCAUGGACCACAACCAACAUGAAUGACUGGCCAAGCAACUUGGAGGCAAACUUCCUUCUCUUUGUACCUUCUCUUUGUAUCUGAACCUUGCACAAGGGUUCUUCCAGCCAAGUUCCCUUGUCGUGCAUCUGAUGUGCCCUUUCUACUCGGGACAAAUGCAACAAAGAAGGUGGUUCAUUUUCUUUCAAGAUAAAUGGAGGCUCUCCGACAGCAGACCGCUUGGCAGUCUCCCAUCCGAACAUCGUCCCGAACCUUCCAUAUCACCCGGAUACAGGAUCGAAGCACGCUAUCUUAGCACCAAUACAACACCUGGAGGCUGUCGCCACGUAACGCAAGGCCUCGUGUCUGCAGCCAGAUCGACUCUGGAUGCGUUAGGAAUCUGGUUGUUACGAGGUUGCGCGUUUUCACUCUUACGAGAGUAUACGGUGCCACGAUGGCGCUAUUGGAUCUCCCCGUCGAGAUUCUUCUCUUGCUGCCGGCUCAUCUUCACGACCUUCGAGCUUUAAUCAGCUUGAAAUCGACAUGCAGAGCUUUGCACGUCGCUCUUGAACAGACCUUACCCAACACUAUUUUGCGACUUGCCGUCCAAUCCGAUCCAAGACUGCUGAAAGCCAAGCGAACGCGGCCGUCGACACAUACUCUCGCACUCGCAGUUGCGGGCCAGGUAUCCGAUUGGGCCAUCGGAAAUAUUUCGCGCACGGAAAGACUUCAGCGUGCCUUUCUACAAGGCUCUCGCGGCAUCUUGAUGCUUGGGCUGGAAAUGGCAGGACUAUCCCUGGCUGAGCUCCGAGUGCUCUGUGGUGACGGCAGGCGUAGCAGGAACAUGUCGUCUACACUGGACCGCGUCGUGGCUUGCAUUGCACAAUGCCAUGGCGAUCGGGAGGACCGGGUGAUGUUGCGCAGUACAGGCAUGGCAGCCGACAUGGUCUACCACAUGGCAAUCUAUGGCGAACUCUUCAAGUCCACCAGGCUGGCAUGCUUGAACCCUGAAGCCAAACAUGCACGCUUCUCGGCUGAUGUACGGCAGGCGUACCUGAUGAAGUGGCCUGCACUGUCAGAAGCAACACCAACCCUGGCGCCGUUUCUGAAGCUGUUGAGUCUUCCCGAAAUUGAUGCUGGGCCGCGUUCAGACAUGACCGCAGAGGACGCGACGUCGGAAACAUUGGGGAAGAUCUUCCGGCGCGAGUUGGUUAGUCUGGCGAGCAACCAAGCAUGGCAGAUGAAGUGGCGGACCGCAUUGCAUGGCGCCGGAAUUCUCUCGAAGCAGAGCACCCCCGAGGAAGACUUGUUCUGGAUCACGACGAUGCAAAGCUGUGGCCUUGCGGGCCUGGACGCCUGGUCGACAAUGCAAUCUUCGAGAGCGGUCCGCUGCGACAACCUAGAAGCAGGGAAGUGGAUAGAGGAGAGGCGCAUCAUGGUCGAAGGGAUCCGACGCAGUUCACGACAAGUUCGAGACCGAGCGCUGCUCACAAGCAACGAGGACGACUGGCCUGACAUCUUUGAGGAUCUACGUCUGGUGCAGGCCAUGCAGCGUUCAGAUUCGGGGUAGGAGUGCCUGCAGCCCAAAAAGUCAGAUAUUGGGAGGGUGACUCGUCACCUUCGACGUGGACAUGACAGCUGCAUCUAAUUUAAUGACGCUUUGCAAACAACCACAUGGCACGCGUGCGUCGGCUACCGGCCCAAGGAAACGCGACGCCUUGCCAGGGUUGCGCAUAAACGCCAUUUCCGUAGGACCCCUGGGCUGAUCGCGAGAUCGGCAGCCUAUAAGAGGUGGAUGGGAGCAGGAAUAAGCAAAGGUGGUCUUGACGCAUGAAGUGCAUGGCGAGGGCUGUCGAUUGCGGCGCUGCAGGAUGGGAAUAAGAAACACGUCGGGGACAGUCGCAGGCUGCUUGUGGAGGAAGA